UUAUCUUCCCCAGCAAUUAGGACAAAUCAUCAUACAUAUACUGCUGAAUGCUGAUCUGCGCCCCGAUAUUUCCAUACACUAAUUAACUCUCGCUGCUCUCUCCUCUCUCCCUCCUCCAUGGAAAUCAAACAAGCCAUCAUAGCCUAUGAUCCAAAAAUGAAUCAAGACCUACCAUCAGAAAUCGUCUCUGAUAUCCUUUUGAGACUUCCUCUUGAAAACGUUGUAACUUGCAAAUGUGUUUGCAAACAAUGGCUCAAUGUGGCUGAGACUGACGAUUUUGUUCACUCUCAUCUUUCUAAAUCUGCUCCCACUACUCCCGUCCUAGUUGUCUCGAUGCCGGGUACACAUUCAAAUUGGUUCAAUGUUUUCAGAUUGGAAGACGAGCACGAGCAUGGGCACAAACACGAUCCCAUCAUCAAGUUUGAUUUCCCUCAAGCAUCAACAAUACAGGGUUCUGCCAACGGUUUGCUUCUUCUGAAAAAUCCUUUUCUUGAUCAUCUUUACGUAUGCAAUCCGAUCACCCGUGAAUUCGUUGAGCUCAGUGGGCCCCACACUCGCCCUCGGGGUGAUUGUUAUGGAUUUGGCGUGGGAAAAAUAAGCGGAAAACAUAAGGUUGUGUAUCUUAAUCCAAAAUCCAAAUGUCAUGCAUACACUCUUGAAACAGGAUCCUCAUGGAGACGCAUUGAAGCUAUCCCCUUGUUUGAUCACUGUUACAGUUCUGUUGGUGCAUUUGUUAACGGCAAUCUCCAUUGGCUAGUUUCUAGUGGGGGGAAACGUCCUUAUAUUUGUUGUUUUAAUGUCGAGACAGAAUGUUUUAGCACGUUCUCUGCACCUAUUGAAAAUUAUUUUGCAAAGUUGUAUACUUUAGGGGAUUGCUUGUGUUAUGGUGAAGCUGAUCCAUAUGAAGACGAUCAUGUGAUGUGGUUGUUGACGGAAUAUGAAGAGGGCGAGAAUGGUUGGAGUGAUCUACAUGUUAUAUUGCCAAAAGAAGGUUAUUAUGGUACAGAUGGCUACAACCAUUUUCAAGCUAUCAAAGUGUAUGCAAAUGGUGACAUGUUAAUUUUAUGGGAUGAGAAGCUCUUUGCAUACUACUGCAACAAGGAGAAUACUAUGCGAGAAAUUGGUUUGUUUGGUAAAUUGCAGGAUGAUUGUUACUAUAUCAACUCUGUUCUUCUCGCUCCAAAUUUUCUUUCACUCAGCAGAAAUUUGCGAUUGGAGAAUGUCAUGUCAUUUUAGUUUGAACUAGUUUUUCUUUUGUUUAUCAUUGGGCUUGUAUUUUUCUUAAGUAGACUAUUCUAAAUCAUUUACUUUCUACUCCAUGAACUGGAUGAUGAUUGUUAUUGUACCAACUCCAUUCUCCAUAUCUGAAUUUUGAUUUGAAUAUCA